AACUCCGUACAGAAGAGGAGUCUGUAAAAAGUGAAAAACACACACACGGAGUCUCUCUCUCUCUCUCUGGGAAAAUGGAUGCAUGGAUGCUUUGAUCUUCAAUUUUUACACUAGCUGAGAUUAAAGAAAUGGAGAGCUUAAAGGAUGAUGUCACUCCCUCUGAUCCCUCAGUUGUUGUGCCUGAAGAUCCUCCUCUAGAUUUCUCCAUCCCAAUUAAUGCACCAGAAAGUCAUCAAAAGCCUAAAGUUGAAAGCGUCCCAGGUCUUUCAGAUUUGGUAUUUGAAGCUAAAUCGUCGAAGGAUGGUGCUUGGUAUGACGUUGCUUCGUUCCUCAACCACAGAUUUCUUCACACUGGCGAACUUGAAGUUCGUGUAAGAUUUGCUGAAUUUCGUAAAGAGGAUGACGAGUGGGUGAAUGUAGAAAGGGGAGUGCGUGAACGUUCUAUUCCUUUAGAACCUUCAGAGUGUGAUCGCGUCAAUGUUGGAGACCUUGUCCUAUGCUUCCGGGAAACCGACGAAGAAGCGAUCUACUGUGAUGCACACAUUGUGAGUAUCCAGAGAAGAUUACAUGAUAUCCGGGGCUGCAGGUGCUUCUUUGUGGUUCGUUACGACGAUGAUGAGGUUGAGGAAAAAGUUCAGUUGACUACCUUGUGCUCCAGGCCAAAAUGAUGGAUCUUCCAGCUCUCUUUGGGUCCAAGAUCAUAUUUUGCACAGUACUGUAUAUAGUGUGUUACUUUUCAUGAAAAAACGAACUUUCUUUUCGCACUGUGUUCUAUUACCACUCGCCAGCAAAACAAGAGUUGGGAACAAGAACCAAAACCAGACAAGAAGUCUAGGAAUGCAACUUCCAGACACAAUUGUGUUCGGAUCUGUCUAAUGUAUUUGGGUUCAUGUGCACUGCUCUGGAUGCAUUUGCGUACGGAGUUGUAUUUUGAAGUUGUGUUCCUAUAAUUGGUCAAAACCAGAACUCUAUCUUUUGCCGUUUUGUAAAGUAUUAGUCCUUGUGAUAUA